UUAUUUUGUAGAGAGAACAAUACCAAUUACCAAGAACACCUAAAACAUAAAAACUGAUGCGCAAACAAUAUCAUUGAAUUUCCAAUAUAUAUGAAGCGGAUAUGUAUGCACGUGGAUGGCAUAAACUCACGCAUGCAUCCUUUAUGAAUUAUGGUAUACUCCUCACUCCUCAGCAUCAAUCUAUCAGGUUUCUAUAAAUAGCGAGCCUUGUUCAACUGCAUAGAGAAACCUUAGUCUAGCACCACCAACAUGGAAAGAAGACGCUUACUACGCUUUCUAUUUCUCAUCUUCACCUCUAUUUUUCUCUUCUUUCUCACCUUUCUCAACCUCCCCUACUCUCCUUCCACCGCCGGCUGUGACAGCUCCGGUAACCACCCUUCCCCUUGGUACUGCACCAACCGUUUCCUUCUGAAGAGCCCCACGCGCCAUCUUCAUAAGUCCACGCGCCACCACUCCUCCGACGUACCGCACCACCCACUUGACCCGUUGACACUACAAGAGUUCAAGAAAGUUCAAUCAAUUAUCAAAUCCCACGCGCUGUUCAGAAACUCGGCUUACGCGUUACACUCUGUUGUUCUCGAGGAACCCGCGAAGCAAACUGUUCUGACGUGGCAAAAGGGCGACCCGCUUCCGACCCGAAAAGCAUCCGUGGUGGCUCGGGUCAACGGGGAGGCUCACGUGCUCAGUAUUGAUAUCGGUGCACAAGAGGUGACCCGGCGUGAAACGGGUCAUUUAUCGGGUUACCCGAUGAUGACCAUCGAGGAUAUGACAACUGCCACGUGGGCGCCACUUGGAAACGCCGACUUCAAUCGCUCUAUAUUGGCGCGUGGAGUGAAGUUAGCUGACCUGGCAUGUUUACCGAUCUCAAGUGGAUGGUACGGAACGAGUGAGCUCGAAGAAAAAAUGAGAUUAAUUAAAAUACAAUGCUACUCUAUGGAAGGCACUGCAAAUUUUUAUAUGAGACCGAUCGAAGGGCUCACAGUGCUUCUCGAUUUAGAUACCAAACGUGUGGUCGAGAUUGUAGAUAAAGGAAAGAGCAUCCCAAUACCAAAGUCCGCCAACACAGACUAUCGUUUCUCAGCCCAAAACAAACAGCCCAAUCUAGUCAACCCAAUAUCCAUUGAACAACCAAAAGGCCCAAGUUUCACCGUGGAUGACCAUAUAGUGAAAUGGGCUAGUUGGGAGUUUCACUUAAAACCCGACCCGAGAGCCGGGGUGAUAAUAUCUCGGGUCAAGGUGCGUGACCCGGGAACCGGGAAAAUGAGAAAUGUGAUGUACCAAGGCUUUACGUCAGAGUUGUUUGUGCCUUAUAUGGACCCGACCGAUGCAUGGUAUUUUAAAACGUAUAUGGAUGCGGGUGAAUACGGGUUCGGGUUGCAAGCAAUGCCACUUGACCCGCUAAAUGAUUGCCCGAGAAAUGCGUAUUAUAUGGAUGGAAUAUUUGCAGCUGGUGACGGCACACCUUAUAUUAGAGAAAAUAUGGUUUGUAUAUUUGAAAGCUAUGGAGGUGACAUUGGGUGGCGACAUUCCGAAAGUCCUAUCACAGGAAUGGAGAUUCGAGAAGUGAGGCCAAAGGUGACCCUAGUGGUGAGAAUGGCAGCAUCAGUGGCUAACUAUGACUAUAUCAUGGACUGGGAGUUCCAAACUGAUGGACUAAUCAGAAUUAAGGUGGGACUUAGUGGAAUCUUGAUGGUGAAAGGGACAUCUUAUGUGAACAUGAAUGAGGUGAAUCAAGAGGAGAAUCUGUACGGUACCCUCUUGUCCGAAAACGUUAUCGGAGUCAUCCAUGAUCACUACAUCACAUACCGUCUUGACAUGGACGUGGAUGGUUCAGAAAAUUCGUUUGUUAAGGUGGACAUCAAGAGGCAAGAGACCUCACCAGGUGAAUCACCGAGAAAAAGUUACAUAAAAGCUGUCAGAAAUGUGGCUAAAACAGAGAAGGAUGCACAAAUCAAGCUCAAGCUCUAUCAGCCAUCUGAAUUUCACCUAAUAAACCCCGCAAAAAUGACCCGAGUGGGAAACCCUGUGGGGUAUAAGGUGGUUCCUGGUGGCACCGCGGCUAGUUUGCUUGAUGUUGAUGAUCCUCCUCAGAAACGAGGCGCCUUCACGAAUAACCAGAUAUGGGUCACACCGUAUAAUGAAACCGAGUAUUGGGCAGGGGGAUUGUUUGUUUACCAGAACAAAGGAGAAGACACUCUAGCAGUAUGGUCCGAAAGGGAUCGGCCAAUUGAGAACAAGGAUCUUGUAAUGUGGUACACAUUAGGAUUCCAUCAUAUACCGUGUCAAGAAGAUUUCCCAAUCAUGCCAACAGUAUCAUCGAGCUUUGAUCUAAAGCCUGUUAACUUCUUCGAGAGCAAUCCGAUCCUCGGGGCUCCUCCUAACGAUGAAAAAGAUCUCCCAAUUUGUAAGGCUUCUGCAGCAGCUUGAUCCCCUGCUCAUUAGGCUUUUUUCUCUCAUUGUACAUGACUCUAAACACAGAACUGUUGUGUCGCACGGUCUAACCUUAAAUCCACAUGAAUAAUACCAUAUGUUCAAUGGGAUCUAUGUAAUUAAUGGUUGUUAAUUAAUGGAUUAUAAACUAAGCACUUUUGUUUGA